CCAAGGCCAGCAGUGCGUCUUGAAUUGCUUUGCAGUGAGCCGUGUACUUCUUCUUGGCUUUUCUUUGCUCACACCUACUAACCUACAUCAUCAUCAUAAUUGUUCCCACUUGGUUCAACAGUUCCCACUCUGUUUAUCUUCAAAGCUUUUUUCUCUUUUCUUCUUCCCUUUGUUUAAUUUCGUGAGGGUGACUAAUCACUAGGACAAGGGGCCCUUUCCUGAGUUUCUGUGAUUGUAAGCAAGACAUUGACGGUAGGAGAAGACUAGUACUAGUGUAAUACCCUCAACGGCACCCUUGAUUGUCAAUGAACAUCCUUUACUUGUCAAUUUUUGUUGUUUAGCUGAAAGCUUUACCCUGUGUAGCUCUGAUGGGAAAUUGAUUGCUUCCUUCCUUCAUUCCGUAGAUGGGGAUGGGACCCAGGAAUAAUGUGUUUUUGUGUGGAAAACUUCACUUGGUAUUUGGAAAUCUCUCUGUCUUUCUCGCUCUCACAAUUCCUUCUCUUAUCCACAAUUCUACUACCUCUCUUUUCCAAGCUCCCCUGCAUCCCCUCUGUUUUUCCCUCCCAAAGAAAUGGCUGAAAUUAUUCUGAGCCCUAUCGUUGAACUAAUCCUUGGCAAGUUGGGCAGCUUUGUGUCAGAUCAGGUCCGACUCCUCAGGAAUCUCAAACCCGAGAUCUUGAAACUCGAGCGCACCGUCACCAUCAUCCAGGGUGUGCUUCUCGACGCAGAGAAGAAGCAGUCCCACAACAACCAGCUCAAACUCUGGCUGGAGAGCAUCUCAGACAUUAUGUACGAUGCCGAGGAUCUGCUUGAUGAUUUAUCCACUGAGGCUGCGCUCCAGAAGCAAGCAGUGACUCACCGGAGGGCGGGGAGGGUAGCGACUCGGAGGCGGGUAUGGUCUCCUGUCUCUUCCCUUCCCAAGCGGCUGAUGUAUCAUUUUAAGAUGGCUCGUGAUAUUAAGGCUAUUCGGGAGAAGCUUGAUGUCAUAUCGAAAGAGAAGGAGGCUUUCAAGUUGGAAGUUGGCACCGAGAUCAAAGCUCUUCGUUCUUUCAGGGAGACGGAUGCCUGCCCACCCACAAUUGUGAUUGGGAGGGAUGACGACAAGAAAAAUAUCAUUGAGCUAUUGGUGAAUUGCAACCCAGAAGCCAACCUCUCGGUGGUUCCCAUUGUUGGGAUGGGUGGGCUGGGGAAAACCACCCUUGCUCAGCUUGUAUAUGAUGACGAACAAGUUCAAGAUCACUUUGAUGUCAAAGCUUGGGUCUAUGUUUCACAGAGCUUUGAUGUCAAAAUGAUUCUCCUAAAGAUGUUGGAAUCCAUAACUCAUCAGAAAGUGGGGGAUCUCAUGUCAGAUGCUUUACAAGCUCAAUUCCGAGGGAAAAUCGAAGGCAAGAGGUUUUUGUUUAUAUUGGAUGAUGCUUGGGAGGAGAGCAGGCGCAGUUGGGAGGAUUUGGGAAGCUAUUUGGCGGUCGGUGCUCUUGGAAGCAAAGUGCUGGUGACUACUCGAUCCACUAGAGUGGCGGCGUUUGCUGGUGGAGCUCUGCAGUCUAGAACAAGUACCAGUAGCAGCAUUGUGGAACCUUAUCUCUUGAAAGGCUUGUCAGAAGAUGAGAGUUGGCAAAUAUUGGAGGAGAAGGCCCUCCCAAGACAAGUCCCAGCAGAAGUACAAUACAUUGGUAAACAAAUACUGAGACAAUGUGGCGGAGUUCCUCUCGCCGUGAGCACCAUAGCUGGUGUGUUAGUAGAUUCGGAAGAUCCAAAGAUUGAGUGGCCAUCUUUUCUAGAGAAGGGACUUUUGAGCAUCAUGAAUGAAGGAGGGGAAGUUUCUAUUACGGCCACACUCCAACUCAGCUUCAAUCUUCUCCCGUCUCAUAUGAAACAUUGUUUUACUUAUUGUGGAUUGUUUGAAAAGGGGUUUGAAUUCGAGAUUCCAAUGUUGGUUCGAUUUUGGGUGGCACAAGGGUACAUUGAGUCAGAAGAUAAAGGCUAUGAUUGCUUCAAAACAUUGUGGUGGAGGUCAUUUUUCCAAGAGGUGGAGAUGGAUGAUUUAGGAAAUUUGUCAAGCUGCAAAAUGCACGGUUUGAUGCACGACUUGGUCGAUUCAAUAGCCGGAGAAAAUAUCAAAAGAAGUUCAAGUGUUCUUAAACAUGUUCCUCCAAAGGUUCGUCACUUGUGCAUUACUAAAGAAGGUAAUGAUAAUCCAAGACAAGAAGACCAUGGUGGUGGUGAUGAGCUUGGAAGUACAAGUAAGGUGCGAACUCUAAUAUGUUUCAAACCUCUUUCAGACAAAGAACUUGAGCAAGUCCUCAACAACUUCUUACACUUGCGUGUAUUGGUGAUUGUUGCACGAUAUUCAUCUUAUGAAAAUGCUUAUAUGUCGUUGAAUCUUGUUGGCAAGUUGAAGCAUUUAAGAUAUCUUGGUAUGUUGAAUUUCUACAAUAUGAAAAAUCUUCCAAAAUCGAUCGUUAACUUGGUUAAUCUGCAAGUUCUUAACCUCCUUGAUUGCUGGUCACUAGAAGAACUACCAAGGGAUAUUAAGAAGCUUGUUAAUCUGAAGCAUCUUGAUCUUGAUCGAGACAGUUGGAAAAAUUUGUCCCAUAUUCCGAAAGGGAUUGGUGAGUUGAAGUUUCUCCAAACUCUACCAUUCUUUGUAGUGGGGAAGAGAAGCAAUUCUAGUGGUAAUGACGAGAUGGUCAGUGCAGGGUUGGAUGAGUUGGAAAGGUUGAAUGCAUUGCGUGGAGAGUUGACCAUCAAAGGCCUGGGAAAUGUCCACUCUCCAAAGAAAGGUGUUUAUGUCUUCAAGGAGAAGCUACAUCUUCAGUCACUUGUUUUAGAUUGGAGCCGAGAUGAUGAUAACAGUGAUGGUGAUGAUGUCAGGUCUUCUCGUGAUGAAGGAAUACUGGAAGUUCUUUGGCCACACCCUAAUCUAAAGAAAUUGAAGAUACAUGGUGAUGGUGUUUAUGAAGGUGCGAAACUUCCAAGUUGGUUGUCUACCCUCACGAAUUUGGUUGAGUUCUCAUUAAGUAAUUGCAAGCGAUGUGAGUACCUCCCCGCUCAAUUGCAUCAUAUGUCGAGUUUAAAGACGCUUACAAUGUUAAAUUGUCCAAUGCUGAAGGGCAUCAAUAAUGAUGGUGAUCAUUGUGAUUCUUCUCCGGACAACUCAACAACAAGAUUAAGAACAAAGGAAAAAGAUGCCGACGAAUGGCCGCAGUUUCGAUGUCUUAUCGACUUGCGCAUUCGGGCUUGUCCAAGGCUAACUCGGCUGCCCACAUUCCCUACAGUUGAAGGUGAGUUGGAGUUAUCAUCUGCGACGAACUCAGCACCACUUGCUCGUACCAUGGAGAUGAAAAUUAGGAGAGGAGGAGGGGAAGGAGGUGUUGAUACAACUGUUCGUCCUUCUUCUUCAUCCCUAAUCCACCCACUCUCCAAGUUGUCCAAGUUGAUCUUGGAUGACAUAAACGAUCAUCUCCCAUUCUUAUUUCAUCAUGAUUCAAGUAGUUGUCUCGUCUCUCUUCAGAAGUUAAGGAUUUCCUGCCUCAAUCGAGUUGUGAAGCUACCGGGUUCGAUGUGUUCCAGUACAUAUCUAAUGGAGAUCGAAUUAUAUCGUUGCGAAAUGAUAGAGUAUCUGCCACCCCUACAUGAACUCCCACGGUUGAGGAAUCUAAGAAUUAGAAGAUGUCCGAAGCUGAAGGGAUGUUGGUGGAAGAAGGCGAAAGGGGAAAAUCAUCAUGGUGGUAGUGAUGAUUAUUAUAACUUUAACCCUUCAAUGAAAAGAAAGGAAGAAAAAAAGAAAAAUGAGGAGACUGAGGAGUGGCCCCAUUUCCCUUGUCUUACCACUUUACGCAUUUCAGAUUGUCCAAAACUGACUCGGAUACCUCUGUUUCCAACCGUUGAAGGCACCUUGUCGCUGGGAAGCAGCACAGAGGCACUAGUGCGGACAAUGAAGAUGAAACCAGUAGUAGCUGCUCAUCAUCAUCUUGACUCUCGACAAAGUUCUUUUACUUUGUUGCCCGGGAAUGCCUUUGUCACUCCGCUCUCUAAGGUGACACAAUUCUACAUUAGUGAUAUGAAGGAGUUGGUAUCUCUACCGGAAGGCCUCCACAACAUCACUUCUCUUCGAUACUUGUCAAUUUCUAAGUGUCCAAGAUUAGCAUCUCUUCCUCCUACAAUGCGAGACCUCGCCUCUUUACAAGAAUUACAGAUUAAGGAGUGCCCACUGUUGAGAGAAAGAUGCAGAAGAGGAGAGGGUGAAGAUUGGCCCAACAUUUUCCACAUCCCCAACAUACAACUGGACGGAGAUGCUCUCCAAUAAUUCAUCGGCAGUGGUUUGCAGAGUCAGGGUUUCCCGUGAUCAGGAAAUUUGAUAUCCGGUAAUAUUCUUCUUCUUCUUCUUCUUCUUCUUCUCCCACUUCGCUUUCUCUCAAGCCUUUUUGUGGUAUCAAUCAACUUGUUUUCAGUCACAUGAUGAUUAGGUUAUUCUACACUAGCUCUUUGCCCGCGCUUCACCGCUGUAUGAAACUAAUUACAUUUAAAUUUUUAUUCACUUAUUUAUUGAUUUAGUUAAAUUAAAUAAUUCAUAAAAUAGUCGGUAAAAUACUUUAUAAGCUUUAAAUAAGUUCUUAAUUAUUAUAGGUACUAAUAAAGAAUUUUUAUUUAAUAUCGUUGUUUCAGCAAGAUGAUCCAGGUUUCAGGUUGGGGCCACUCUUUCAUGAGAUCAAUUUCACAUCCAUUUAUAUUUAAAGUUAACUAAAUGGGCAUCUACGCUACACUACUAUUACAUUCAAUCCACCUGCUGUUGAAUUUGAGUUUUCAUUCCAUUGUAGAUAUCCUAGAUUCACCUACACACUUUUGGUGAUCAUGUUGAGUAAGAGGAGCUGACAGAGGCUGGUGCAACCGUGGCAACUCAGGUGGUCGUCUUCGACCUGAUAUCUUUGCUUUCGACGGACUACCUGUAGAUGUGUCUGGCGAUAAUGAUGGUGAUUGGAUAUUAGCUGGAGUGACGAACAGCCUACCCUUCAAGUCGCUUCUUCAACAUGGCUUACUUAGUUAUCAUUAUUGAAUUUUGCACUUAUUCUGCCGGGACUUGAGGUUGCGGCUUCUAGCAGCAGGAAGAAUUCAGUGGUGGUGGUUGGCAGGAUUCGGGAAAUCUAAUAUUCGGUAAUAUUCUUCCUCUUCCACUUCGCAUUUCUCUGUUUUUGAAUCAAUCUACUUGUUUGCAAACACAUGAUGAUUAGGGUAAUCUAAUGUACAUUAGUAAUAGAUAAUCCCCACUUUGAUGAUGUUGUAUUGAUAAAUCUCAAUUGGUCUAUGAGAACUGGGUUACUAUCCAUUUUCAAUGGACAUAACUACUUUGUUCCUACAUGGAAGUAGUGUUUCUGAGCCUCUGUUCUGGGCUUGGAUUUCAAUAAAAGGAGUUUAGGACCAAAAACAUAUGGUCUUCUUGACGCUCUUAAGUUAUUUCGAUCUCUAGCAUGUUGUCUCUUUUCUUAAAAUUUAACCUGUGCAGAAAAUUUCCGCAGGAGAUGGAUCAAAUAUGACCUCGAAUUCACCAGUUCCUUGGAGAAAGAAAACAAACGAAGAUGAGUUUUGCUCGAAGUGUUCCGACAUGUCUGACAACCCAAUCCAUGAGAACAACGGUAAUGGAAGCUUCAAUGAAUAGUUUUUUUACUUUCAUUAUUCGUAUUCUAGCUGAAAGCCAUACCCUGCGUGGCAUCAGGGGAAUUGAUUGGUUCCUUCCUUCUUCGGUGGAUUGCAAACUUUCUUCGGUGGAUUGCAAACUUCCUUCCUUCUUCGGUGGAUUGCAAACUUUCUUCCUUAGCUCCAAGUCAUUUUCAUUAUUCGUAUUCUAGCUGAAAGAUAUACUCUGUGUGGCAGUCAGGGAACAGGUUGGUUCCUUCUUCUUCUGGAAAGAUUGGUACUCUUCUUACUUAGGAAAGCUCCAAGGCCCUCACUUGCUUUUCUCGUUCACGAUAUUAUAAACCGUUCAUGUUCUACUCUUUUCUUUCUCUGUUUUCCAGAUCCCCUGCAUUUCCUCUGUUUUUCCGCCCAAAGAAAUGUCUGAAUUCAUCGUGAACAAAAUCCUUGGCAAGUUGGGCAGCUUCUUAUUCGACCAGCUCCUACUCCUGUGGUAUCUCAAGCCUGUGAUCCUAAAACUCGAGACGACACCAUCAGCUCCAUCAAGGCACUGCUUCUCGGCGCAGAGGAGAAGCAGUCCCACAACAACCAAGUUAUAUACAAUCUUGAUGAUCUGCUUGACGAUAUCUCAACUGAGGGCCUGAGGCUGCACUCCGUCAGCAAGCAGUAGCUCACAAGGAGAUGGAGAUGGGUGUGGCUGCUCUCUAGUCUCUUCCCUUCCGAAGCAGUUGAUGUAUGAAUUUGAGAUGGCUCGUGGUAAUAAGGCUAUUCGGGAGAAGCUUGAUGUUAUGUCGAAAGAGGAGGAGACUUUCAAUUUCGGAGUUCGCACUGAGAAUGGAGGCCUUGCUGAUUCUUGCCCAGACCCCUUUGAAUGAAGCGAACAUUUCAGUUGUCCCUAUCAUUGGGACGGGUGGGCUAGGCAAGACCACUCUUGCUCAGCUCGUAUGAUGCCGAUCAAGAUAAAGGUCACUUUGAUAUAAAAACUUGGGUCUAUGUUUCACAAAUGUCUAUGUGAAUAUGUUGCAGUCACCGAUUAUAGAUGCAACUCAUUUAGUUGAACUCAAUGAAAUUAAGCACUCUAUUUGAUGUUCUUGAUCUUCUCUUGAUUGAUGUUAUUGAUCGCAUGUAAAUAAACCAAUCAUCUCUGCUAAAGUGAACUCAGAACUGUUUGGUAACCUGCGAAAGCCUGCUGCAGUGCUGCUAUCUGCUACUUCUUUGAACUGAAGCAGAGAGCAGCAUAACUAUAUUUUCUUGAUUUAAUCCCAAACCACACAGUCA